UUGUUUGGCUUAGUGUCCUGUUCACUUCCGCGUUGCAGAGGGUAUCUUAUAGCUGUUACGAAAGUGAUAUCGCGAUGUCUCUCGCGGGAAAAGUUGUUCUGAUAACAGGGGCCAGUUCAGAAAUUGGAGCUGCAACUGCUGUUCAUCUAGCUAAUCUUGGUGCAAGACUAUCGAUAACCGAUCGCAAUAAAGAGAGUUUAGACAAGAUAGUCGAACAAUGUGGCCAAAAUAAGCCGUUUAUCGUAACGGGAGAGCUAACUAAUGAGAGCGAUGUGAAAAAUAUUAUCGACUCGACGAUCAGGCACUACGGCAAACUAGAUGUUUUAGUUAACAACACUGGAAAUUUGGAAAUGGAUGGUAUAGAGACUACAAGUUUGAAGCAGUACGAUGAUAUUUUCAACGUAAGUGUUCGCUCGAUGUAUCAAUUAACAACACUGGCGGUGCCACACUUGAUCAAAACAAAAGGCAACAUUGUAAACGUUUUUAGCAUGGCUGGAUUACGAGUUCUGCCAUCAAAUACUUUGUCAUACUGUAUGAGUAAGGCGGCCGUGGAUGAAUUUACGCGUUGCAUCGCUUUAGAAUUGGGACCCCAACAGCGGAGUGGAAUGAGCGAAGAUCAGAUUAAGAGUUUUGUCGAGCAUAACAAAAUCACGCAUGCUCUAAGAAGAACAGACUCUUUCGAAGUUGCAAGGACCAUUGCAUUUCUAGCGAGCGACGAUGCGGGCUCCAUAGCAGAGGGAGAACAUCCAACUGUUACGAACGCGAUAUCGCGGUCGUUAUCACUUCAGUUUACAAUUUUUCGCGCGGUUAUCAUUCAGUAUCUUUGUACUAUCACGAUGUCUUUCGCGGGAAAAGUUGUUCUGAUAACAGGAGCCAGUUCGGGAAUUGGAGCUGCAACUGCUAUUCAUCUAGCUAAUCUUGGUGCGACACUAUCGAUAACCGGCCGCGAUAAAAAGAAUUUAGACAAGGUAGCCGAACAAUGUGGCCAAAAUAAGCCGUUCAUCGUAACGGGAGAGCUAACUAAUGAGAGCGAUGUGAAAAAUAUUAUUGAUUCGACGAUCAGGCACUACGGUUGCGUCGCUUUAGAAUUGGCACCGCAACAGGUGCGCGUAAACGCCGUGAAUCCCGGCGUUGUAAUAACAAAACUGUUUAAGCGAAGUGGAAUGAGCGAAGAUCAGGUUAAGAGCUUUUUCGAGCAUAUCAAAGACGCGCAUCCUCUAGGAAGAACGGGCGACGUUUCCGAAGUAGCAACGACCAUUGCAUUUUUGGCGAGCGACGAUGCAAGUUUUAUAACAGGUGCGACACUACCUGUGGAUGGAGGUAGACACGCCAUGUGUUCUUGCUAAAAAUCUUACGUCGACUAUGUAAAUAUUAAGUGACAUACAUUAUACUUUUAUACGUAUAAACUAUAUCAUAUAUAUCGUACAUUAAGGCUACAUACAAUUUAUAUGCUAUUCUGUUAGUUCUAAGAAAACGUAUUGAAAAAAUAUUUAAGAUUUAUAUAUGUAUAUCAUAAUUGUCGUGUUUGUUAUGUUGUUUCUAUACAAAUUUCUAUCCUUACAUUUGCAAAAAGGAAAAAUAAAAUAAAAAUUUUCCUACAGCAUAGCCAAAAUAUAA